UUGUCUUUUUUUUUCCAAUCUCUAAGAAAGAAAGAUCUCUCUCUCCCCUCUCUCUAAGAAUUCAAGUCACAAUGGGUGUGCAUUGUCCACCGAAUAUUUCUCUAAGUUUUCUCAUGUUUGCUCUAAUGGCUGGCUUGGGCUAUGCCCAGCUCUCGGUGUCCUUCUAUGCCAACACUUGCCCCUCUGUGUUUGACACAGUCCGCUCAGGCGUGCAAUCCGCUGUGAAUAGAGAGCCCCGCAUGGGUGCAUCGAUCAUUCGCCUCUUCUUUCAUGAUUGCUUCGUUAACGGUUGUGAUGGUGGGAUCCUAUUGGACGACACAAGCUCAUUCGAAGGAGAGAAGACAGCAUUUGGGAACAACAACUCAGUGAGAGGGUUCGAAGUGAUCGAUAAUUUAAAGGCCCAAGUGGAUAGAGCAUGUGGAAGAAGCGUUGUUUCAUGUGCUGACAUCUUAGCCAUUGCCACACGUGACUCUGUGGUCCAAUUAGGAGGCCCCUCCUACUCUGUACCAGUUGGGAGAAGAGAUGCAAGGACUGCAAGCAAGAGUGCAGCUAACAGCGACCUCCCCGCCCCUUUCGAGGACCUCGACCCCAUCAUCGCAAAAUUUAACCGAAAAGGAUUCACCCCGAGAGAGAUGGUGGCCCUAUCCGGUGCUCACACUGUAGGCCAAUCCCGGUGCACAGCUUUUCGCGAUCGCAUAUACAACGACACCAACAUCGAUCCUGCCUUCGCAUCGAGCAGGCAAGCAAAUUGCCCUAGAACCGGAGGCGACGACAACUUAGCACCAUUGGAUCCACAAAGUCCAAACCGUUUCGGAAACAACUAUUUUCAAGCCUUAUUGAAUAGGAGAGGGCUUCUUCACUCUGAUCAGGUGCUCUUUAAUGGUGGCUCUGUGGAUUCUAUAGUGACCACUUAUAGCAACAACGCUAACACCUUCUUUCAAGAUUUUGCCAAUGCAAUGAUGAAGAUGGGCAACUUGGGAGUCCUAACAGGGACCCAAGGGGAGGUUAGAACUAAUUGUAGGAGGUUUAAUUGAAAGAGAAAGGGUAAGCAAGUUAGUUAGUGUGAGAAUCAUUUUUUUGUUAGCAAGUUAGAGAGAUAAAUUUGGGGAGGAAGAGAGCAAGUAUUUGUGUUAAUUAAGAAGAUGUGGAAAAAGGGCUUGGAUAGAGAGUGGGGAAACAAACACAAAACAAGGGAAGGGCAUUAUUGGAUGUUUUGUUGAUUUUACUUUCCAAAUACAUAAAUAAGAAACCUUUGGCUAAAA